UUAUCGUGUGUUUAUAAAAAUUUGUUUUUUUUCUGCUUUGCAUUUUACGCUUCAUUUUCGAUCGACUUAAUGGCUCACUACGGCAAGGUUCAGCUUCAUGAUGGUUCAACUAUUAUUCCAGCGACUCAGCGCCCUGAUGGAAGCUGGAGAAAAGAAAGAAGGGUAAAACCUGGUUAUGUACCUCCCGAAGAACAAGAAAAGUUUAGAAGCAUAGCGCAAAUAAGCCAAGAAAAUAGAAAGAGAGCCUCUAACAAUCCAGUUCCUGGUGUUAUUUUGUUUACGUCAAUCCAUGAAAAAAGUACCACCCUGAGAAAUAAGCAGAAGGCCGAGGCCAAAAAGAAGCGCGCUGCUGCCAAAAGACUCGAACAGGAUGGUACUAAUAAAGAAACUCUUACGAAAGCUAUGGAGGGUUUAACGCUGAUUGCUACUGACAACUCUUCUCUCGCUAUUGAAAGUUUGUCCGAUCCGGAAUCGUUAAAGAGGAAAAUUAAAAAUUUAAAACAGAAACUAAAACAAUCUGAAGAGCUCAAAGCCAAAGUGAAUAAUAUGGAGAUAGAGCCCAACCUCGACCAAGUUAAAAAGAUCGAACGAAUCGAGGAAGUUAGGGAGCUACUAAAAGCACUGGAAGAGAAACUAAGGGGCAUGUCGUAGUCUUCUAUCGUUAUAAUAAAAC